UGCGACCGGACGCGAGUCUUAUUUCCUCCUUUUUCUUCGGCGGCCGCGUCCACCUCCGCCCACCCACCCUUCUCUCUCUUCUCCUCCUCCUUCUCCUCUCUCUCUCUCUCUCUCUCUCUCUCUCUCUAAUGCUCCGACCUCGUCGUCGAUGGAGGAGAAGAGGAGAGGAAGGGACGAAGGGAGAGGCGGAGCGCCGCCUCGCGGGGCGGAAGCCUCGGCCGUGCCCCUCGUCGUGAAGGAGCUCGUCGCCGGCGGAGUCGCCGGAGGUGUCGCCAAAACCGCCGUCGCCCCGCUCGAGCGCGUCAAGAUCCUCUUCCAGACUAGAAGGGCAGAGUUCCAGAGUGUAGGUUUAGCGGGAUCUUUUAGAAAGAUUGUUCAGACAGAAGGUUUGUUAGGGUUUUACAGAGGGAAUGGAGCCAGUGUUGCUCGGAUAGUACCUUAUGCAGCUUUGCACUAUAUGGCCUAUGAACAAUACCGUCGGUGGAUAAUACUUGGUUUCCCUGAUUUUGGAAGAGGCCCUGUCCUUGAUCUUGUGGCUGGAUCGAUUGCUGGAGGAACAGCAGUCAUUUUCACUUAUCCUCUUGACCUAGUUCGCACUAAAUUGGCUUAUCAGGUUAAAGGUUCAUCAAAGGCAAGUUUCAGAGCACCGCCUCCCUCUGAGCAGGUUUACAAAGGGAUUCUUGAUUGUAUCACGAAGAUAUACAAACAAAAUGGAUUGAAAGGUCUCUACCGCGGUGUGGGUCCUUCACUGUAUGGGAUCUUCCCUUAUUCUGGUCUAAAAUUCUACUUUUAUGAGGAGAUGAAGAGCAAUGUUCCUGAAGAGCACAAGAAAAAUAUUAUUGUAAAGCUUGCAUGUGGAUCAAUUGCUGGUCUGUUGGGCCAAACAUUAACAUAUCCCCUAGAUGUUGUCAGGCGGCAAAUGCAGGUACAAACACUUUCGGGAUCCACCCACUGGGAGGGAAAAGGAACACUUGGAACCCUAGCUAUGAUUGUCCAAACACAAGGUUGGAGACAACUGUUUUCAGGACUAAGUAUCAACUAUCUGAAGGUUGUGCCAUCUGUGGCGAUAGGAUUCACAGUUUAUGAUGUGAUGAAGUUGUGGCUUAAUGUUCCUUCUCGAGAGGAAGCAAGCAUUAGGGUUUUGACAGAAGAAAGAAGUAGCCAUUCAUCCCACCUUCACUCUGCUUAACAUUCUUUACUUGGAGUAUAUUUAAUUAUCAACAGGAUUAGCCAUUCAUUCCGCACGUACAGAUUCUCUGUCAAGUUAUAUCCCCUAAUUUUGUGGGGUAUAAAUUUUUAGUAGAGAAAUGCUUUUCCUGAACACAAUGCUGAUCACAACAAUGCAUGAUUAAGCCCAUUUAUAACGAAGCGGAGGGCUAUUCUAAAUUGUUGGUAAUUUCCAUUUUGUACAGAUUGUAGAUAAUUGAUACUUGAAAUCCAAUCAGAGUAUCGUAAGUCGACAUGCAUGUACUUAACUGAUUUGGCUUUUUACUGUAAUAACCAUUUUUGUUUUCGAAUCAGCUAAAAGCUUGCUCCGUUUCUUUUGA